AUGGCGUCGUCUUCCUCUCAGGGCCCGGCCUCGAUAAGAAUCGAACCGCUCACGUCUGAGGCCGACAUCCCCGCUUGCGCGACCCUCGCCGACGCCGCAAUGAAACCAGAUGGCUUGUACGAGUUUCGGAAGCGCUACAGCAAGAAUGUAUACGACAACACCGUCGAGAAAUUGACCGACGCACUGCGCGACGACAGGGGCCGGUUCUUCAUGUUCAAGACUGUUGUGUCAUCCUCUCCCAAAGAGGACCGCGUGGAAAAUCCCAAGGACGCUGGCGUGACAGCGGACACGGAGGCCCAGCGGGAGCACGAAACCAUUGUGGGCUUCACGAUGUGGCGGAAGGGAUACCUCGAGGUGCCCAAGAUGGACCCGUUUGCGCCGAAGAACGAGACAGAGGAGAGCAAACCCGCCGUCGAGACGGGCGUGGUCAAUGUGCCAAUCUCCGAAGGUGUCAAUGUCGAAGACGCAGCUCGUGUCCCAACUACGAAUACAGCGAUGAGUCCAGCUAGCGGUGACGGCGCCCUCAGGCCAGGAGGGAAACCAAAGCCCUAUUAUCCAGAUCCCGACGCCGAGUUGUUUCGAAAACUAGGCAAUGCGUACGUCAGCUUCAUUCGCGGGAAGAGGCAUUUAUAUCUCCAUUGCCUCGCGAUCCAUCCCUCGUAUCAACGGCAGGGUCUCGGACAGAAGCUACUCGAGUGGGGCGUCGAAGUCGCGGACAGGGAAAACAUCGUUUCGUGGCUGUUUGCGCGACCGGCCGGGAUCAAGCUAUACGAGCGCAACGGCUGGAAGGCCGUGUUAACCGUCGACGUCGAUGUGCCGGAUGAGGAUCUGGAGGUGGCACCGGUCGUCGCCAUGCUGAGGUUGCCGUCCAGGUAG